AUGUCCCGCGGCCCUGCCUACGACGCCCCCGCCGCCAACAGCGGCCAGGCCUCCCCCUCCCCCUCCCUCGAGGAGCGUGGUCGUCGCCGUGCCCGCGCCGCCACCACCCCCAUACCCGCCAGUCCCUCCUCCUCCUCGUCUUCCGCCGCUGUCCCCGUUGGCCCCCUCUCCCCUACCGUCAACUCCCGCGCCCGCGUCUUCGCCAGCGUCCGUCUUCGUCCUUCCCCGGCCCGCACCCCCUCCUACGGGUCUGCCGCCUCCUCUCCCGCUGCCGCUGCCACCCCCCUGCGCGCCACCUUCGACGAGGCCCCUGCCUCUGCCCUCGCCGUCCGGCGCGCCGCCAGCCCCCUCCCCCGCGCCAGCUCCCCCAUCGCCAUCCCUGGCGCUGCUGAGCGCAACCGCGUCCACCGCCGCCGCACCGUUGGCGACACUGCCAGCGGCAGCGGUAGCGGCAGCGACGACGAUCUCUUCGGAAGUGGCUUCUCCGCGGAGGAGCUCUCCGCGCAGGCCACUCGCCUCCGCGAGCGCAUCGGCGUUGGCCGUGGCUGGGUUGACCCCGCCGGCCGUCUCCGCGCCCUCCCCCACGGUGCCCGUCUGCCGCCUCCCCCCUCCCUCACCGAGGAGGACCUUGCUCGCGCCCGAGCCUUGUCCCCCGCCUAUCCUCGGGGCCCCUCUCCUCCUCCUCCCCCUCCCCAGACGGAGGAGGAGUACAUGAGGGGUGUCGAGGAGCGGGCCAAUGAGUACCACGCCUUCUAA